UAUCGUUGAUCUAUUUACACUUUUGUAACAUUCCCCUUGCCCUUCAAACACUUUUACUAGCAAAACCAACCAACCAACCAACCAACCAACAAUGAGCAUUGUCAUCGGAACCAGCUACGUGUGGAACAUUGUCACCGCAACCGUCAUGGGUCUGCAAACCGCUGCCUUCGCCGGCUGUGCUAGCAGCCACAAGACCCGUCUUGAUCUGCCUCACAGCGCCGAGGUGGGCAGCCGCUCGACGGAGAAGCUCACCGAUGCGCAGAACGAGGAGUUCACGCGGUUCCAGAAAGUCAGCCAGUCGCACACCCAGUACCUUCCCCUUGCCCAGUCGUCGGUUUUGCUUGCCGGUCUGUUCUACCCCAAGCUUUCGGCGUAUGCAGGUGCCGCUUACAUUAUCGGCCGCCUUAUUUACAGCGUGGGCUAUAUCAAGUCGGGUCCCGAGGGCCGCAAGUAUGGUGUGUUCUUUAUUUGCCCGUCUAUCAUCACCCUUCUGGGUGCGUCGCUCUAUGGUAGCUUCAAGGCCUUGUCUCUCGUCUGAUCCUUCCAAUCUCUAAUUUCAAGAUGAGAGAUAGACAGAUGAUAUUCCAAACUGUUUUAAAAAUGUUUUUCCUCCCUAUUUUCAGUUUUAUUAUUUUUAUUCUCAAAAAUGUUUAUAAAACCCCC